GUGAAAGAAUGUUUAUUCUUACACGCUCCGAGCAUUAAAGAAUGGAAAUUAUUACACUAGUUGAAGAAUAUUUAUUCCUAAACGCUCCUUAUAUUGAUCUUUUCAACAUAGAUCCAAUAUUGAUAUUUACUUAAUUAUUUUGUACUUUUUUCUUUUACAUUAAUACAUGCCAACUACCUUUUGAUACUUUCACGAUCUUUUUCAUUUCAUUUCAUACUUUAUAGCAACAUUUGCUCACUUUCCUUUUUCUUUUAUAUUAAAACAUGCAAACUUACCUUUUUCACUUAAGUAAUACAUGCUCUCUUACCUUUUCAUGCUUAUUUACCUUUUUCGUUUUUUGAAUUAUUGAUAUACCUUAAUUCAGGAAUGUCCAUUUUAAUUUUAACCCUAGAGUGUUUAAUUAACAUUUUCUGACCUUUCCCCAAAAAAUGAACCAUGCACUUGAAGUCUUCCAUUGGACAUUUUCAUCAAACUACCGAGUCUCAAAUCAUAUUUAUCUCCACUUUUGGGAAGAUUUAGGAUCUAAUAUCCAAUGAUUUCUUCUGUACAAAUGAAAGCACGAUUUUGUUCAGUAGAUUAAGACAAUCCAUUACUAUACCUUCUCCCCAUCUAAAAAACUCAGAGCACAUUCAACAUGCUAUAUUUAAAUGUAGUAUCAACUUGAAAAAAAAACAAGCAUAUGCAUUAGAAAUUGGUUAAACAACAAAGUAAACUAAGGAAUCAAUCACACCACAUGCAUUAGAUGCAUUACUUUCAAACUAAGAACCAAUUUUUACUUAUAAAAUGGUUUUAACAUUUUAGCAUUGAACAUUAGAAAAAUAAAAACAGUGAUAGUCAGAACAAGAGCAUAAAACUUAUUUUCAACCGUUCAUCACGUUCAUUAUUUCUUGGGUAUUUACUCAUGGAACCUCACAAAUAUUAUAUAAUAUUAACCUUAAUAUGUGAACAUUAUGUACCAUUGAAUAAAAAAUUAUCUGUGACAAAAUGAAUUAAAAACCCUAGACACUGAUGAAGAAUUUAUUUUCAGAUUGUAGUACAAUGAUAUUCUAGAACUUCUAACAUGAGUGCUGAAGCAACGGAGGAUAAGAAAGAUGAUCCUUCGCGCCAGAAACAGAGUAACCUUCAGCGUAUUCAACUACGAAAACAAUCUGUUCGUGGCUGGCCGUCUGACAAGAAGAUAGAGAAACUUGGAAUUUACUCGUCUUGUAAGGCUGAUGAGGAAUGCAAAUGUAACGGUUGGAAGAAUCCAAACCCGCCGCCGAACCCGCCGAAACCUGAUGCACCCGCCUUGGUCUCAUCUCUCGAGGAUUUAUGCCGAGGUUGCAAUCAUAAACUAGGCGAUCAUGUCUCACAUUUAGAGAAGGUGGGUGAGGAGGAGUUGGAUCGACUGCUUGGUAUAGUUGUAGACGUGGAGAAUCUUUUCAUGUGUGUUCACAAGGUUUAUACUUUAGUAAUUCUUUAUCCACAUAAAUCACAUGUUUACAUCGAAACAAAAUUUUUUCAUUCAACUUUAGAGGUAGAGGGCCCGCUAGGCAAACCUCCGUAUGAGAAACCAAGUAUUGCUAAGGGUGUUACUAACUUUGUUCUUCAUAGGUUCACACACCUUCCUCCAAAGGAAUGGCAGAUGAUGUAUGAUCUAGCAAAGAUGUUCCUUCACUGCCUGAACCACUGGAAGCUCGAGACUCCCACCGCCAGAAAGCAGCACAUGUCCCAGGAGGAACUCUCAGCUUACAAGGUAAACUACACCCGUUGGUUGUGUUUCUGUCAUGUUCCUGCAUUUUGUGAUUCUCUUCCACACUUUGAUACAACGCUUAUCUUCGGCCGGACAUUCAUCAAAUCCGUCUUCCUCACCAUGAGGAAACAACUGCUAGACAAAUUCAAGGCUGAGAAGGAUAAAAUGCCUCCAGAGAAAAGAACUUUGGUUCUCACACACUUCCCUAGAUUUCUUACUCUUCUAGAGGAGGAGAUAUAUAAUCCUAGCUCUCCGAUCUGGGAUCCUGAAUUUAACGGUAAAACCCCCGCCCAUGUUAUCGCCGCCGCCCAGGCCCAAGCCGAGGUUUCUACUGCCGCCGCCGCUCUUGGGAAAAAGAGGCCGCACGACGAUGACAGCAAGGAGCCGGAAGCGAAACGGCGACGAUCAGAGGACGAGAAUUUGGACGAGGCCGUCGGUGAGAUUGUGUCGAUCAUCGAAGACUCGAAAAGGAUGCUUGGUCCACAAUCCAUGUUUCCAGAACAUGCUCCCAGAGACGAAGCAGCUAAAAUAGAAGAGAAGAAAGGUCUGAUAGAAUUCCACUGUGUUGCGAACAGUUUGACAGAGAAGGUUCCUAAACAGACCAUGCUCUGGCUGAUAGCUCUACAGAAUGUGUUUUCUCAUCAGCUACCCAGGAUGCCUAAGGAGUAUAUAACGAGGCUUGUCUUCGAUCCUAAACAUAAAACCUUGGCUCUAGUUAAGAAUGGGAAACCCAUCGGAGGAAUAUGCUUUAGGAUGUUCCCAUCACAAGGGUUUUCUGAGAUAGUGUUCUGUGCUGUGACGAGUAAUGAACAGGUUAAAGGAUAUGGAACACAUCUCAUGAACCAUCUUAAGGAUUACCAUAUUAGAAACGGCAUACUACACUUCUUGACGUUUGCUGAUGAGUUUGCUGUUGGAUAUUUCAAGAAGCAAGGAUUUAGUAAGGAACUCAAACUCCCUAAAUCUGUGUACGGUGGAUAUAUCAAGGUAAGGUUAAAAAACGUAUUUUUCAAAAAUUUUGUUUGUCUUAAUUGAUAAAAAU